AUGCCCUCACAUUUUUGUGUGUGUGGUGAGAACACCGGUGAUCCUGCUCAAUUAAAAUUUUAUGCUUUCACCGACUACCAAGGAGAUAUGAAAAGUCUGGGCCCUAAACGGAAGCAAAUAAAGCAUCGAUCUUUGACCAGCCCCUCAUUGCCCGUUACAUUCAAUUCUGCAGGGUCA